AUGGCCAUUCCCGGACAGCGAUUUGAAUUAGAUCUUGAUGCCGACGACUUCACCGUGAGACCUUUGAGUGAGCAGACUGGCUUCACAGACAUCAUAAAGGACCUCCAAGAACAUGACUCCAGUUCCCCACCACCGCCGCCAGCCUUCAAAUCUACGAAGUCGGGCUUUCCUGAACAUAAGUAUCGUUUCAAUGCAUCUGCUUUCAAGAAGCAGCAGCAGCAGCAGCAGCAGCAGCAGGCUUCUAGGCAAACAACACCCGCUGAGACUGCUGCUCGCUUAGAACCCUCGGACCGAGCCAUCACUCACCAGGUGGGCAAAAAGUAUGGCGUCAAUUUUGACACACAGCAAAAGGCGGAUAUCAAUGAGGAGAAUAAGAGGCGUAUUGCUGAAAUGUCACCAGAGGACAUCGAGGAGGCACGUGCUGAACUCAUGCGAAAUCUCAAUCCCGCUUUUCUUGAGCGCCUGCUGAAGCGUGCCAAUAUCGAGGAAGACUCCAUGGAUCAGAAUCGGUGGCCAGGAGACGCAGAACAUGACUCAGGAGGGCACAUCUUGGGAGACACGACUACUCUGAAUCCCGCUCCUGAGAGUUCUGAGCAGGAACCAUCUGCUCCUACAAUCCAUUUCCCUGCGCCCCCACGACCGAAGUCAGAUUUUGUACCACUAGAUUCCAAUGACCCUUCUUUCCUUUCUGACCUAAAGUCCCAAUACUUUCCCGAGAUGUCCCAUGACCCAAGCUCCCUCAGCUGGCUCCAAGAUCCUACAGAGGCAGAAGAGCAAGAUUCGUUAUACAACCCUGAAAGAGAUUCAUUUCCCCCUUCGGCUCUGCGCUUUGGUUUCGAUGGUCGCCUGAUUCCACCUAAAGAAAGUUUAGAAAUCGAUGUGAAGCAAGGUCUCCAUCACCACGGCGACGCACCCAGCAGCGCCGGGUAUACAAUACCCGAGCUGUCACUGCUUGCAAGAUCUUCUCUGGCCAACCAGCGCUGCAUGGCAUAUCAAGUACUCGGACGGAUCUUGUUUAGAAUAGGGAGAGGCGAUUUUGGAGCACGUGGAAGCGAAUUACAAGAGGCGCUCUGGGCACUAAUUGAACAUGAGAAGCCACUUGAUGUAAUGAUGAGUGAGGCUAAUCGUCAAUCCGGCCAUGCCAGCGCCAAAGCCCACGCGAUUGAGGCCCUGUGGCUUUGGCGCAAGGGAGGCGGUGGUGAUCGAGGCGUUCUGAAGCCCGGGCAGAAUCUAGCAAAGUGA